AUGGCGGCCGUCAAAAAGCCCCGAGGCAUUCGCCAUGAUCGCCACUGCGAGCGAUGUCGGACCAAUGGCAUCAAGUGUGAUUUAAACCGUCCUCGCUGCCAGCCAUGUGUACAGAGUGGAGCGGGAUGCCAAUACCCGCAAAGAGUCAUCUGGAUGGGGAAUAGAGAGCGGAGAAAGGAGCACCCAGCCUCGAAACAAUCACCAUCAUCAAGUUCCCCUGUCUCACAAGAUCGAGAUCGAUCAUCGCAAGAACCUCAACAACUUAGAGUACAGUCCAACAAGCAUAUCAAGCAUAUACCCAUCAACCUCAACGGCUUCAUCGAUCUUCUGUCCGAAUUCUACCAGGAGAUUCAGUCUAGCAAGCAAGAACUUCCAAACGAAACAAUCGAGCUUAUAUCGCAAACAUUGAGCUACGCGCGCUUACGCCUUCAGGGCGCAAAUGACGAUGACGCGAUUCAGUCACAUCUGGUCGCUUUGACAAAUCUAAGCCGCGUCAUUGACUCUGCACACCCCAUCGCGUUAUUCGGGAUAGGGACAUUCGCCAUGUUUGAGGUCUGCUGUGGGUCCUUUGGUAAUUGGCAGCGCCAUCUACACGGGGCCCGAUCAUUGCUUGACUUGCAUUGUACGAACAAGGCCGAACUGGAUGGUCUAACUGACCGAAUACCGGGACUAGCGGACGUACUCGCCUACCUGGUCUGGUUCGAUGUGACGGGCACCUUAAAUAGAGGCGACAAUGAUCUGAUCUUUGAUAAUUGGCAUCGCGAGAUUCUGACGCAGGACUUUCUUGACUGGGUGGGUUGUCCGCCAGAUACAUUCGAGCUAUUCGUGCACCUAGCAAAAGGCGAGCACGAUUCAAGUCCCUUAGAUCUGAGUGCCAGGGCAAUGCAGCAAAUUCUACGCAUCAACAACAAUAACUCGACAGAUGUGAGUCUCGCAGACGUGGCAUACCGAGGUUCGGCUGCAAUGGUCUCCUUCACCCGCGCAGCAGAAAGCAGCUUAUCAUCAAGUCCCUCGAUACACGCAGAUGUAAUAUCCUCCCUGGUAGACAAAGUCUGCGAUGCAAUAUCCAAAAUGCCUACUUCUUCCCGAUUCUACGUGCACCUGGCCACAUCUGCUUAUCUGACGGGUAUGCAUGCCAGCACUAGUGAUCAGUGCGAUGUGGUGCGGGGUUAUUGGCGGAAUUGCCAGUUGUGCGACUUUCCGCGGUAUCCGGAUGGCCAGGAACAGUGUGAGCGGAGAUGGCGGGAUAAAGGGAUUAUCUAG